GCUGAGCUUUGCAGUCGCCAUUUAGGCGGUAGCACCAGCAGAGGCUGGAGUCAGCCGACAUCCGUAAAAGCAGAAAGAAAGAGAGACGCUGCGACCGAGCCAGCAGAAGCAUUAGCCGCGGCCCGGGCAGAGGGGAGAAAGCGGGAGGGGAGCAGGAGCAGGAGCGGGAGCAGCGCUAGCCGCCGGAGCGGCGAGGCUCCGAGCCCAGGCAGAGCGCGGGGGAGCAGCCGGCGCCGGAGCUGCAGCCCCUGGGCUGAGGCAGGGGCUCCUCUCUGGUGGAGGAAACCCAGGGCAGAGGGGGCGAACAGCUGGUGCGAUGACAGGCAGAAACUGAAGAGCAUUCGGAGGUUGCUGUUCCGGCGCAGGUUUUCCUCUCUGAGCGACAGACACACUGAGAAACAUGCCUGAGCAAAGCAAUGAUUACAGGGUUGUCGUGUUUGGAGCUGGAGGAGUAGGCAAAAGCUCUUUGGUCUUGAGAUUUGUGAAGGGCACUUUCAGAGAGAGCUACAUCCCUACCAUUGAAGACACCUAUCGGCAGGUGAUCAGCUGUGAUAAGAGCAUAUGCACUUUGCAGAUAACAGACACUACAGGGAGCCAUCAAUUUCCAGCCAUGCAACGUCUUUCUAUUUCUAAAGGACAUGCAUUCAUUUUGGUUUACUCUAUCACCAGCCGACAGUCCCUGGAGGAACUCAAACCGAUCUAUGAACAAAUAUGUCAGAUUAAAGGAGACGUAGAAAGCAUUCCAAUAAUGCUGGUGGGGAACAAAAAUGAUGAGAACCAAAACCGAGAGGUGGACAGCAGUGAAGGAGAAGCUAUGGCUAAGAAGUGGAAAUGUGCCUUCAUGGAGACCUCGGCCAAGCUGAACCACAACGUGAAAGAGUUAUUCCAAGAAUUACUAAACCUAGAGAAACGCAGGACUGUGAGUUUACAAAUUGAUGGCAAAAAAAGCAAGCAGCAGAAAAGGAAAGAGAAGCUGAAAGGCAAAUGUGUGGUCAUGUGAAAUUGCAUGGCUAGAAGUCAGUCAUGCAGUCUCAUCUGUCUGACAAUACGCAUGUAAAACCUAUAGACAGCAAACAACCAUGCAAGACCCUACUUAUUAGUAUCUGUUUUAAAAGAAAUAUUUGGAAUUUGAAAAAAUUAGUCACUAUGAAAAAAGCCAACAAUUAAAAAAUCAUGUACUCUAGCUAUCAGUGAAAAAAAUCAGGAGGUAAAAGAUGGAUCAAGAUAUCUAAUUUUGUAAUUUGCAGAAGAAAAGAAAUUUCAUCCUCAGCAUAAUGUUGAAGAUUUGGAAAUCAACUUCAUAUUAUUUACAUUUACAUAUAACUGCAAGAAAAGGCAAUGUAUAAUGUUAGAAGAAAAACAAAGAAAUGGCCAUGAAGAAACCUAGAACAUAUAAAUGCAUGCUGGGUGGCGUUAUCACGUCCUUUAAGAAUGCUGUGGAUAAACAAUUCUGUGCAAUUUUCAUUACUGACUGUUGGGGCAGUGUGCAUAAGGUAGUCUCAGAUCUGCCAAAUAAACAAACUGUUUCACACUAAAAAGAAGUGUGGGGGUAGCACAGUUAAAAGGAACAGAUAUUCUCUCUACCCCCCAGCAUGAGAUUUCUUUCUAGUAUGAUGUGGUGUUUGAACUGAGGGAUGAGGAAAAGCCAGCCCCUGCAGGAGAGAUGGAGAUCAUCUCUUUUUCUGGACCCAUCACUCCAAGAAUGACCUGUGCUUCUGGCCACAAUGUAUUUCAGAAGAGCAAAUGUUUGCCUGUGGAGAAUGUCAGAUUGUAUAAAAAUCGUGUACAUAUACAAACAGAAAGCUUCCCCAGGGAGGAUUGGCCGGGGAGUCCCCUACAAAAGCCUCUAUGGGAAAGGUUCGGUUCAAAUGCUGCUGAUGGUUAAAUUAACACAUAGUGUGACUAGUGAAUGAAUGGAAGGUCUACUGAACUGGUGGUACCCUUGGAGAGGGGUUGGUGCAGUAUAUAAAGUUUUUAUUCAAAUUACCAGAUUAGCUGAGUGAAACUUCUUUACAUUACUAUAUUCCAAUUAGAAUGUUUUUGCAUUUGUGCACUACUAGAUCUAUUGCCUUUAUAUUGUCUGAAGGGUUUUAUAUUUACCAUUUAAACUCAUUAUUUGAACUGCUGUGACUAUUUAUAGAACCAAAUCCUAUAUCUGGAGUUAGGGCCCACAGGAUUCUCCAGGAGAAGAUUUGCUGGGAUAAGUACUACGGGAUUUGGCAUAUUAAGAGUUCCAGUCAGUACUGUGUUACAAUGCAAUACAAAGUUCAGAAUAGAAAAAAAAUGGUUUAAACCACUCUGUCAGGGGGAACUGCUCUUCUCAAAAUCUUUCAAAGGGGAAAAAGUGUACAAUAUGUGAACUUUUCUGGAUCUCUCUCCAAAGCUUUUUUAAAAACUAAUAUGAAUGAGUAAAUUAUGUAUCCUACUGGUAACAAAGACCAUCUAAGGUAAAAGAAGCACAUACAUUUUCUAAAGGACACAUCAAAAUUCCAUAAGCUACAAUUUGCACCUUAGGAACUGCUUUGAAAUAAUAAAAACAAACGAAUAUAUUUUUGGUAAAUGUUUAUGUGAAAAUCAUAGUAUGGGAAAUUUCAGUUGAGUACUAGUAUUAUUAGUAUGCAUGCUGUUGCAUUAUAAAUAUCUUCUAGGAGCUGUUCAAAUGCAGUAUUUGCAUUUAAAAUUAUUACUUUAUUCCUCUCGGAGUUAUUGCUUGUUUACUUUCCACCUUUCAAACAAAAGUGCAGACAUUUCACAGGUAGAGGGAUAGUAUACAUUUCUUUGAGCAAGAAUAGCUGUUAGCACUGUCUAGAAAGGAGCACAACUUUUCUCAUUCACUCAGAAGAAAUUCUGGCACCAUUUAAAUCAAGUAAAACUCCUACUGAUUUCAAAGAAGACAGAAUUUUGUGUGUUUACUUCAUUGCAUUACAAGAGAAAAUUGGAGAGAGCAUGAAAAAAAGCUAACAAUAAAUUCCUGGCUAUUACACUAUGCUUUUUCUCCAUAAAUGUCAAAACACUUUACAAAAAGAACAGCAUCAUUAUCUUAACUUCUCAGGUGGUGAAACUGAGGCACAAAGAGAGCAAAAAACUGCACGUAGGUUACCCAGCAGGCUACUGGCAGACCCAGGAACAAAAGCAGAUCUCCUCAGUCCCAGUCCAGUGCUUGCUCUGUGUUUGGUCAGACUGUCUCUUCACAUUCUUAAAUAGUUUCUAAAACACAUAAAGAAACCUGGUGUGGCUUAUACAGCUAAGUGCAUCUCUUGUCAGUCUGUCAAUAGGUCAAAGAGUAUUUCCAGAUCAGGGAUGCAAAACAUUUAAAAGCACUACGUUUAGUAAGACUUUUAUAAGUGUUUAUAUAUCUACUCUGUUUGUAAACAAAUGGCUGACAAUACUAAUCUUAGAUUCCCCUAACAAAACUGGAAAAUCAAAAGAAUGAUCACACUUAAGAAGUAACAGGUCACAUACAGAGUUCAGCAAGACAGAGGUCUCCUGCUGAUGCUAACACACUGGUGCCAAAGGUCAUGAUGCAUGGUACACACCUAAGCAGCCAGCAUGGAAUAAUGGUAUAAACUCAAAGAAAAAAAGGCCAUAUAAAGACAAAAAUCCUUUUAACAUUAUUACUUUAACUGGGGGAAUUAUUUACAUAGUAAAGAAUCUUGCAGAAGUAGAAUAUAGGGGAUCUGAAUUACUCAAAAAGUUAUGACUCCAAGGAUAUUACAGGCUGAAAUUUGGCCUUGGACUUUUUAGUAUGUGCCUCAUAGCAAAAAAAAGAGUAAUUGUAUGGCAAAGGUGGAAAUUAAACAAGUAGCUGCCAGUUGUUGGGCUUGAGGACCAUUUCCAUUAAUUCUCGGUUGAUUCCUCACCUGCUAUAUAAUAAGCCAUGAAUUAUUUCAUGGACUUGCAUGUAUCAAAGCAAGGCCAGUACAGAAGCAAUAUUACUCUUGGACCACAGACUCGAAAGAGAACAUAUUUUAUAUGCUUGCAUUGUCACCCUGGUUUAUACUACUAGGUUUUACAUAUCUUACUUGUGAGCUGGUUUAAAUCAUUUGUUUUGCUAUUACUUAUACAAUUUUUUUUUUUUUAAUACAGGGAAAAAACUGUACGCUAAAUAAAGAAAAUAUACAGCUUUAUUACAUUUUGUGUUUUAUUUGGGAAUGUGAUAUCAGUAUAAUAAACUCUUUAAAAUGUACAGAAAAAUAUGACACAGUUAAGAUGUGUAAGAUCUACAGUGAAUUUUAGCACCCAGAAAACAUGAUCUAGACAAAAUGACUCUUUACAACGCAUGACUUUUAUAUGUAUAUAUGAAAUACUAAGAUACAUAGUUAUCACGAAAAUGUGUUGUUGAGAUUUCAUUAGCAAAUAUUUUAUUAAAAAACUCUGGAUAUGAAGUCAUUUGUGACUAUAAGUUUCUAUGUUUCUGGUGAUGUUCUGAACAUACAAAAUAAAGUUUUAAAUGGAAACACAA